AGUCCAGAAGGGAAACAGGAAGAGGGGUGGAGGAGGCCGAUUCUGGACUGAGCGCCCGGCAGCAGCAGGCAGCAGGUGGUUAGGUGACCCCUUGAGCACCCGUAAGCCCCGCUGGGCAUAAGGGCGCACGCACACCCCUGAACCCGGGUUCUGCUUGGGAGGUGGGGGGAGGAGAUGGGAGCGCUGGAGGCGGUCAGGGAAGUCACGGCCCGGCGGUGAAUCAUGGGCACAUGACCCCGCUGGGAGGGGAGGGUGCGGCACCCUCGCGGGAUGCCGCGGGGCUUAAAGGACAAGCCUUGCGCGCAGCCUCGAUUUGGGCAGAAAAGGAGAAGCCCCUGUCCCCGGCAUUGCACCUCCCGGCGGCUCCCGGCAGUCCCGCCCCGCCCGCCGGGGCCCCGGGAGCGGCUGGACUCACGGCCUUCAGCUGCUCCAGCCGGUCCUUCAUCCUGCCGCCUGGGUGCCCGCGGCUGGGAGCGCGUCCCAGGUGAGCGCGCCCCAGGUGAGCGCCCGGAAGUGGCGGCCGGCCGGGCCCGGGCGAGGGAGCUAGGAGCGCAGGCGGAGGCGGGCGGCGGCCGCUCGCGAGCAGGUGCGUCCCACACCACCGAGGGCUCCGCCGCACCGCCCCUCCAGCCCCCGCGGCGGCCGCGCGCUCCAAAUCCGCCUCCCGGGCGGGCGCCGGCGCGCAGCGCUCAUCCGCAGCCGGCCCGCCCCUUACCUGGGCCGCGCCCCGCGCUCCUCCUUAAAGGGCCCGCGCCUGGCCGCGCUCGCUCCACCUCCCCGAACUCCAGGCACCCGAAGGGUCGGAGGAGUAGAGGAACUGGCGCUGGCAGAUCCCUCCGUCUGCUCGAGGACGAGCAGAGACGUCGUUUCGGCCUCAGGCCACCUUUCCUACUGGGAUUCGCCGUCGGUGCCCUUGGCAGACUCACGGCCAGGCGGGGAGACAGUUCCCCCCCACCCCGAAACAAACGCAUCAGGAGGUAGCACCUGCUUGGGAGUUUGCUGUGAAACCCACGUGAGAGGAGUGAUUGACUCGUAACCCACGGAACGGGAUUUAAGGUAAAAAGUGGUUGUCUUGGAAAGCCGAAUCCUUCAUUCCCUCUGUGGUGUGCAGAUCCCAGCGGGGUGGAGCGCAGUAACGGGCCGAGAGAGACUUCUCCGGAGAAUUUGCUCUUCAGCCUCCGGUUGACAGGCUGUGAGUAGUUUUGCGGUUCGCACAGGACUUUGCCUUCUUCUGCGGCCCUGCCGCGUGCUGACUUCGGCUGCCAUAAGGAUACGGUCGGCAGAGCCGAGGCCUGGUUUCUGGACCUGGCCCUGCUUUUCUGCAUGCUAAUCCCCUCUGACGUCCUGCGCGCCGGGCUGAGUGGCGCGUCUGUAGCAGCGCCCCCUGCAGGUCAUAAAUGGAAAAACUGAGUUCAUCGGAAAUACUAUUGGAUCUGUUCACCUCCACAAUCUUUGAUGGUGAGGAUAGGUACUUGCCCGCCCUGAGGGAAACAGGGCUGAGAACAUCUCUUUACCUUUGAAGGUCUAAAAGGACCAUAGCAAUCAGGAGUCUUUUCAAUUCUAGGAACCAACAAGUGACGGUUCAUACUCUGAACACAUGUCAAAAAUUCGCUAUUUUCAAAGGUUAAAAUCAUGAUUCUCAUACAAAUAUAAAGUGAAUGUGAAUCAGAGGUCUUAUUUAAUUCCUCAAUUAAUGAAGGAACUGGUAGGAAGCUAAAGCUAUCCAGAGAAGAAUCCAAACAGCAGGAGAGGGUGCUACAGGUAACAGAAAUGCUGAAUACUGGAAAGAAUAUGCUAAGAAAUGCAAAACUCUUGUGGUGGGAGAGCAAUUGCACUUCCAUGGAACAAAAUUCAUUCACACCUCUCUAGACAAGAAUCAUUUGCAUCAAUAUUAAUUUUCUACAACUUACAGUUUUGGAAAACAACAACAAAAUCAUAAAAAAGGCAUAGACCACCCUAAAACCAGAUAACCCACAUGCUAGAGUGGGGAACGUCUGGGCCAUAUAAGGCCUGUGAGAUUAUGUAGUCUGGCCCUGCCAAAGCAACAAGAGGUAGGACUCGAAAUUUGAUAAAUCUGUAACGGGCUAAUUGUUAAGUUGAUAGUUUUGUAUGGGCCACCAGUGCUGUUAUAAAUAUCCAAAUAGCCCUUGGUGGAAAAUAGGUUCCCACCGGGCCGAUGCUGUGGCCCAGUGGGUUAAAGCCCUGGCCUGAUGCUCCAGCAUCCCAUAUGGGCACCAGUUCUAGUCCAGGAUGCUCCUCUUUCAAUCCAGCUCUGUGUUACAGCCUGGGAAAGCAGUAGAGGAUGGCCCAGGUCCUUGGGCCCCUGCACCCACUUGGGAGACCUAGAAGAAGCUCCUGGCUCCUGGCCUCAGAUUGGGGCAGCUCCGGCCAUUGCGGCCAAUUGGAGAGUGAACCAGCAGAUGGAAGACCUCUCUCUCUCACUCUCUCUCUCUUUCAAAUAAAUAAAAUAAUUUUUAAAUAAAAAUAGGUUCCCCACCCCGUACCCUCCAGGAGUGAGUUAAGUGCUCCUUGAAUGUGCUUCUGUGAUACCCUAGACUUCUCCUUCAUACCUUACCAUGUCACAUAAUCACAUGACCAUGUCUGGUUCCUGUACCUUCUGUAAGCUCUGUGGGGGCAGUAGCUUUGCCACUCCUCACCAAAGCAUAGGGCCAAAAGCUACUAGGCUCUCAGCACAUGCUUACUAACUUUAUUAAUGCAUUUUCUAGUAUUAUGGCUCAAUGCAUCUUUAUUCUGAUUAAAACCCAUCAAUGGCUUCUCUUCACAAACAGAGGGAAUCCAGACCCUUCUUAGAAUAACAUUCAAAGGGGCCAUCAAAGAAGGGUGUACCUUUCUCUAAAGGGAGAAGAGAACUUCUACUUCAAUUAUGGCCCUGUCUAAAUAAUGUCAGAGUUGUGGACUCAAGAGGCUUCCAUAGCCUUGGCAGCACAUUACAAGAGCCUCAGAUGAUCACUAACGUCAUAAAUAAAAGUGUCAAUUGUUAAAUCAAUAACAGGAGUCACUGUACACUUGCUCCCCAUGUAGGACCUCCAUCCUUAAUGAGUUGUACUAUGAGAAUUAAUAGUAAAACUUGUCUUCAAACAGUACUUUAAAUUUUCUGUGUCUAUGUGGGUGCAAACUCUUGAAAUCUUUACUUAGUAUAGAGUUGACAUUCUGUAUAGAAAGAUAAUUAAAAAUGAAUCUUAAUGAAGAAUGGGAUAGGAGAGAGAG